GCUUGUCGGGCGGCCCCGCCCCAGCUCCCCCCGGGCGGCGGCGGCGGCGGGGCCGGUGGGCGGGGGCCGGGCGGAGCGGGGCGCACGGCGCGGCACAUCACAGCACGGCUCGGCACCGCGCGGCUCGGCUCGGCUCCGCUCUCCCGACAUGGCAUCCAAGUGCCCCAAGUGCGACAAGACCGUGUACUUCGCCGAGAAGGUGUCCUCCCUGGGAAAGGACUGGCACAAGUUCUGCCUGAAGUGUGAGCGCUGCAACAAGACCCUGACCCCGGGCGGGCACGCUGAGCACGAUGGGAAGCCUUUCUGCCAUAAGCCCUGUUACGCUACGCUCUUUGGCCCCAAAGGGGUGAACAUUGGCGGCGCCGGGUCGUACAUCUAUGACAAGCCGCAGAUUGAGGGGCAGACUGCGCCGGGACCCAUCGAGCACCCGGUGAAGGUGGAGGAGAGGAAGGUGAAUGCUGCACCUCCCAAGGGACCCAGCAAAGCUUCCAGUGUCACCACCUUCACCGGGGAGCCCAACAUGUGCCCUCGCUGUGGCAAGAGAGUCUACUUUGCUGAGAAGGUGACUUCACUGGGGAAGGACUGGCACCGUCCCUGCCUACGCUGCGAGCGCUGCAGCAAGACACUGACCCCGGGGGGCCAUGCUGAGCACGACGGACAGCCGUACUGCCACAAGCCCUGCUACGGAAUCCUCUUUGGGCCAAAGGGUGUCAACACUGGAGCUGUGGGAAGCUACAUCUACGACAAAGACCCCGAGGCAAAGAACCAGCCCUAGAUGGCAUCCCCCCUCCUGCCUGCCUGCACGCUCUGUGCCCCCAUACUAACCUCCUGCUCACAGCCAGAGCAGACCCUCACCAGGCUGGCCAUGGAGCUGUGCCCUCUCUGCUGUCUCCACAGCCCCGCCCCUGGGUUAUAUGUCAUAGUCUUUAAUAUAAGCUUCAGUGUUUAAAGGCAAAGAUAGAAGGUAUUUCUGGUGGUUCCCAAUGCGCUCUGCCCUCCCCAGCCCUCCCACCAGUCCUCCCAAGCAUGGGAGGCAGCAGGGCAGGUGUGGGGAUGUCACUGUGUGCAGGGGACAGCAGGUGGCACCCAAGGGACUCAGGAUGGGGGGAAGGUGGUGUCAGGAGGUGCUCCAUGCAGUCUUGCAGCGCUCAGGAAUGGGGGCUGGGGAUCAGAGCGCCCAGCCCUGUUCCUCACCAGUUGCUGGGGUUGUGUGCCAUCUGCAGCUCUGCCCUUCUGGCCAUCCUGGGCUCCAUGCCCUGGCUUCCACUCUCCCCAGGGUCCACAGCUGACCCUGUCCGCUGUUGUGUCUGGCACCUCCCUACAUCCCCAUCCUUGAAUCCCUGUAGGUGCACCCAGGAAAGUGCCCAACCUGCUCUGCUGGCUGGUUUAGGUUGGUGCCCUCCGCAGCCUGACCCCCUUGGAGGCAGAGCCUGUGCUGGGGAGCACCUGGCAGCUGCAGCCCUGGUGGAGUGGGCUCUCCCCACCUUUGGAGGACAGAGCGUAUUGGGUUGGAGGCUUGGCAGUGGGAUGCCUGCCUGCUUCCUGGAGCCGGAGGUUUCUUGUUUAUUUAUAACCAGUUGUAAAUGUGCCCCUUGCUUUGGAGAAUGACACGUGCCCCCACUCACCCGUCCACCCCUGUGCACACCCCCCUGCUGCUGCCCAGGAGGCUGGGGAGGGGCUGGUGUGGGGGACCCGCAGGGGCAGUGAGCCCUGGGUGCCAACACCCUGCUCUCUCCAAGCUCCCUGUGCUGCUGCAGGGCUGACUUUUGUUAUUUGCUGACAAUAAAGGUUUUGAGAGA